GGGCCUGUGAGUGAGGAAUGCCUCUCGCCAGCUGUGCCUGAACCGCAGCACUCCGGCCACUGCUGUCUCCUUAGCCGCUCGGAUACCUUCACAGUUCAGGAUUCCACUGCAAUGAGUUGGUGGAGGAACAAUUUUUGGAUCAUCUUAGCUGUGGCCAUCAUCGUUGUCUCUGUGGGCCUGGGCCUCAUCCUGUAUUGUGUCUGUAAGUGGCAGCUUCGACAAGGCAAGAAAUGGGAAAUUGCCAAGCCCUUGAAAAACAAGCAAGCAGAUGAAGAAAAAAUGUAUGAGAAUGUUCUUAAUGAGUCGCCAGUUCAAUUACCGCCUCUGCCACCAAGGAAUUGGCCUUCUCUAGAAGACUCCUCCCCACAGGAAACCCCAAGUCAGUCGCCACCUACAUACUCAUUGGUAAAUAAAGUUAAAAAUAAGAAGACUGUUUCCAUCCCAAGCUACAUUGAACCUGAAGAUGACUAUGACGAUGUUGAAAUCCCUGCAAAUACUGAAAAGCAUCAUUUUGAAACAGCCAUUUCUUUUUUUUGACAAAACUGAAGAGGGUUCACACGACUUAUUUUAAAACAAUGAAGAAUGGUUAACUUCAGUAGGUCUCUGGGCCCUGAGAGCCAGUGGUGAUUUUAUGAAGCUCUCUAAGAUAAAGCACUUGCCAAACCUUAGAUGAAGGCACCCCGGCAAUCAGACGACCGCAGCCAGAGGAGAGACAUGGGUGCUCGGCUCUGAGGACUUAGAGGGGUCAGCCUUGCGUUGUUGAGGGAAGUUUCCACGGGAAGGACCAUGGGGCUCCAUGGCUCCCACCUGUGAGAAACUACUCAUUUCUUGGCACUCUUUCCCCCUUCAUUCCCUUUGGUUUGCAUGGUUCUGAGUGAUCUGAAAUCUCUGCAUUUGGUGUUGCA